UUUCUCUCUCUUCCUUCAAUAUGUACUUUCUCUCACUAUCAACAUCUUCCUAGAACACUCGCAGCAACUUGCUUGCACGAUCCCAAUCAUAACUAGUCUUCCAUAAACUUAUUUAACACGUCUUUAUAAAUCAUUUACUAUAAAUACUCCAUAUCACACAAAACAUUGUUUCAUCCAGUUUCGCCAACACAAAUAUUCUCGUGUGUAGAAUCAUAUUCUUAGAUAGGACCAUACUUGUUAUUUUCGUUAAUCUAUUAAGUAUAUUAUUGCUGUGUAAUUGAAUUACAUUAAGUUAUUCUAAUUCUAGGAUUUUUUUUGGCUGUGAAGAAUAUACAACUAAUAUGAGGAGUAGCAUGGAAUUUGAGCGUGUUCUUAGCUACUUUGAUGAAGACGGUGACGGAAAGAUUUCGCUGACAGAGUUAAGGAGUAGAAUGUCAAGGAUUAGUGGAGAGUUUGAAUUGGAAGAAGCAGAAAUUGCAAUUGAGACAUUGGAUUCUGAUGGUGAUGGUUUAUUGGCUUUGGAGGAUUUGAUAACGCUUAUGGAAUCAGUUAGUGAGGAUGAGAAAUUGAAGGAUUUGAAGGAAGCAUUUGAAAUGUAUGAUAAUGAAGGGUGUGGGUUCAUAACACCAAAGAGUUUGAAAAGAAUGUUGAAAAAAUUGGGAGAUUCAAAGUCCAUUGAUGAAUGUAAGUUGAUGAUUGGAAGGUUUGAUUUGGAUGGAGAUGGUGUGCUUAGUUUUGAUGAAUUCAGAGUUAUGAUGGAAUGACUCUGAUUCUAUAAUGAUAUUGUUGCGUCUGUGUCUAUAGGCUGGUGUGGUUGGUUUCAUUCUUUUGUAUAUUGUAUUUCAUUCAUUCUUUGUAUUAUUGUACCUAAUUACAUUUAGGCGACUGAUAUGUACAUUACAUGCAAUGAGAAAUUAUGUUUCAACCACUAAAUUCUUAUGUCAAAUGCAACUUCUAAAUUCAUAUGUCAAAUAAAACAUCUUUUAAUUUUUGUUU